UUAGCCAGUGCCUGCGCGAGCUGACUCGUGGGGUGAGAAACAGUUUCGUGUUGAAUAUUUCAAUUCCAAAUAAAUAAGGAAGUGUCAUUGCGGGGCUUCGGUGGGGUCCUGAUGGAGAGAUAGAGCCUGUGGCUUGAACGCUGGCGUUGCACACUUCGGAAAGUUUGAGGGCUGGUUUGUAGGCGCACGGUGUCACCGGCUCGAACCCUCGGUACGCAGAAAAUGGCUGGUCGCAGGUCCGAGCGCGGAGGCUCUCCUCGCAGUGCGGCAGGAGAGCAAGGCGUAAGCCUGGGCUUCGCCACGGGCACGAAUUAGAAACGCGUUUAGCGACACGGGUUCGAGUGAGACACAGCGUCAAAAAGAAUGGUAGGAUACAUAAAGGGGUUUUUCUUUCUUUUUCUUUCUUUUUUUUUAAUCGGACCUCCGACUCCGUGUAAUGGCGUCCGUUCGUGCCCGUGUCGCUUCCUCCCGCAGGACGUUUCAUGUCAAACCCCGAGACGGAGACUGUUCCCUGAUGCAUGCAACCGUGUUUAUUAAAAAAAAUCAUUAAAAGAACUAAACGACGCUAUUGGCAACUAGGACCGACCAGCUGGUUAACCCUGGGAGGUUGAGGUCGGGGUGGGGGAGUGUGUGGGGGGUGUAUAUACUUAUUCACAUCAUCCAAAACAAGCUACACUAGAUGUACGGUACAUGUGUCAGGUCUGGAACCAUCUUUUGGAGCGUAUGCAAGGUCACACGUCGAAAGUAUGAAAGCUACCAAGUGCAUUUUAUGUGACAUGAAAUGGGUCCCUGGAUCUUGACCCCAUCUUCGAAUCUUGGGGUGUCAGAAUCCGAAGGCAGAAAGUGAUGAAAGAGAUUAAUGACCUGUCCUAGUCACAGUCCCAAGGAUGGAGAUGGAUGGUUCCACCAGAAGAGAAAAUGCUUCUGUUUGCUUGGUUUAUACACUUAGAUCUGGAAGGAAAGUUUCAGUGAAUUCUCAGGUAAUAGUAAACUGACUAGUGCGCUUUGAGUGACUCCAUCGCUCCUUCUCUGGUGAGCUAACAACCAAAGUUAGCAUAUUCUUGUUACAAACAACAGAGGAUGUUGUUCAGGACCGUAGCCAUCCGAGUGGAGUGAAAAGUAGGGUUUUAUGGAUACGGUUGUAAAUUAAAGAACCUUAAUGGAAUUCAGCCUGAAAACCAAAUACCCCGUCCAUCUCAGGAGUAUCUGAAGAAUUGUGUGGUACCAGUAAAGACAAUGUAAGGAGGAGUACCACACCAUGCCUCUGAUUCAAUUUCAUUCAAGAAUUCUGUUCAAACAAUCAACCUGUCGGAAAUGGUGUCACCAUGCUUGAAUUCACACCAGAGAAUGUACAAAUAGCUUCAUAGCUGUCACGUGGCAUGAGUACAAACGCCAUUUAAACAGAAAUGAACGAACCAAUAACCAAAGCGCUAUAUUUGAAACCUAACCUCUUAUCCAGCGAUUACCCUGUGAAGGACCUUCACCGACAAUCCUCUCCAAGGAAUAAAAGUAAUAAACAAUAUGACAAAAGUCUCGUUACCAAAGAGGAGGUGAAGAUAUGGGACUUUGCCAGUGUUCCUGGGUCUGAGGCGUUCGAAAAGACCAGAGACUGUGUGGACAAACCAUGUACAGACCAACUUCAGGUGUGCAACAGUGCAAACUGUACAUCUACACUUCCUUUGUAUGAAAAACAGAAAGGAUUUGAAGUAGCAAUGCCUGAAGCUGUUACUAGUGUUAAAGAAGCCAUGGGACAGGAAGAGGUCUAUGCAGCACUGGAUUUAAGCCUGCCAAAAACGAAUGUCAGGGAUAACAAAGAAAAAUGUAUAUGGGAUCGGGAUCCUGAAUACCAGAUUUCAUUAAUAAUGGAGGUAGAUGAGAUCAAGGACGACACUCAGAAUGUGGAAGUGGUGCAAGAUGACGACGAUGAAAUUUACUGGUCUGACUUGGGAAAUGACCAUAUGAGCAACUUUCACCUAGAAAACUGGGAUCAGUGUCCUUCUACGUCACACGUAGCCAUACCAUCUACAUAUGGAUCAGUCAUGUGUCCGGAUCCAAAGGACACCCUUCUCAUAGAUGACCAAGGUAUUCCCUACACUCUUACUCCAGAUGGUCAAAGAGUUCCACAGAUUGAUCUUUCAGAAAUCCCAGUGACUGGGAGAGGAUCUACAGAGUCUGACAUCGAGAUGUCUUUGGGUAUUCAGGAUGCGGAUCCUGAUCGAGAGUUGUUGAUUUUGAAGGGCUCAGCGACUGGUGUCUCAACAGAUAGCUCACAAGCUACCAUAGAGGUGGAGAAGAAAUCUCCCAAUGAUUCCAUGGUCGAGACCGAGCCACCUGCCUUGACCAAAAUGUCCACCUUGCCUUCCCUUCCUAUACAGAUUAUGGCUAGUGAUACUGACUCAAACACUCCUAUUCUCCUUCUCCCACCAUCUCAUCUUCAGACACUUACAGCUUCAACAACUAAUGCUAAAUCUGAACUAAUGGCUCUGUCGCUACCUUUUGGCCUGGCGUCAAAUACACAGUCCACCCCGGUCGUACUUGUUCUUUCGUCAACAGAUGUGUCCUGUGGAAUUCAGUCGUCCUCACUUUCAGGACAUUUUCCUUCAGUUUCCUCCGCGUCGUCUGUUGCACCUCCCUCAUCUUCGAGUUCACCUGGUCCAAAACCGGAACCUGUCUCCAGUACAACUGCUAUAAAUCUCUCAGGACAAAAUAAAUCCUGUAAUUAUUCUGCAGCCCCUACCUCACCCAUUGCUUCCUCCAGGACUUCCUCAGUGAACUCUUCAAAUCUGGCUAAGCAACUGAAAACUAAUACCUGCUCAGACAUGCCCACUUCUUUCCAGGAAGCACUGCUUAGAUUAGCUGUAUCUGCUGAGCAAAAAAAUGAAAACCGACCCAAAGGCAUUGACAAAUCUGCAGUCUUUGAAGCAACUCAGGCACCAGAGGAACAUGAACAAGUGUCACCAGCCUCUGAGCCAGACUCUGUCUCCUUAUAUAGUACCGACUCUUUAUUCAGAAUCCCUACUGAAGACCUCCCGCUUCAGUCCUCUAUUUCCCCUCCUAGUCCAGACUCACCAAAACUUUUUAGCAACCAUUCAAAAAAAGAGGAUCCUCAGGCAUUAGGCCCACGUCGCAUUCUUUACUGCCAGUAUUGCCCACGGGUUUUCUACUACCUCUCAGACCUUGAACGCCACUCCAUCACACACUCCCAGAAGAAGCCGCACGUAUGCCAGCUGUGCAGCAAAGCUUUCAAACGCUCCAGCCAUCUAGAGCGGCACAAGCAUAUCCAUACAGGUGAGCGCAACUUCGAGUGCCAGCUUUGCCCACGGCGUUUCCGAGAAGCUGCCGAGCUGACGAGGCACCAGCGGGUCCACACAGGUGAAAAGCCUUACCAGUGUCUGUUAUGUCAUAUGCGGUUUGCUGAGCGUAACACUCUGAGGCGGCACACUAAGCGCAAGCAUCAGGGUCAGCAGCAGGAAGCGAUGAACACAAAAGUCAAGCCAGAAGCGGAUGGCGUUUCGCUCGUCGGCAUGCACGAGCAGCAGGAAGAAAACGCAGAGUGGUAUAUCUCAACAUUGACUGAAAUGGAGUCUGACAAUGACACAGGAGGAGAAUGAUAUUUAAAUAUUGUAAUGCGGCUUCAUUUAAAUAUUUAGGUGUUAUUAUUAUUUUUUUUUAUAGCCACAAUGAAUUUUUCUUUUGUAUUUCGAUACUAUACUGUUCAUCAAGUAUGCAGUGAAAAUUUCCACUGAAAUCCACUUACAGACCGGAAGGUAUUGGUAAAACUUCGGCUUUGUUAUUCUUUUACCUCCUUUUUUAUUUUUACCCAUAAUACUUAGCAUGUCUUAAUAAUACGAGUGCACAUUUCUUACUCUGGUUUAAUCCGAUUCGUCGACUCUCAAUGAGUGCUUUUCCUGUGACCUUUUAAAACACCUCGCAAACUUCAUUACCAAGUAACGCAUUGCGCCCCAAGAUGCGCCGAGGCACCUUCAGAGGUCUGGAGUAUACUGAGGUGUUCAUUACUUAUUUUUAUUUAAAAAUUUGUACAGUUUAUUUUAUUUAAUUUUUUUACUAUCGUGCCUUGAAAUACAUUUCAUCUUUCACUUGCUUAUAGCUUUUCGAAAGUAAUGCACACUGUGAAAGUUAAAAGCUUCUCCUCAGCGUGAUUCUUACUGCUUUCAAUUUGCUGUGGACAUAGAAGUGUUCCACGUAUCACUGUCUGUCCCUAGAAGUCGUUGCGCUAGAAGUCGUCGCUCUUUUGAAGUUGUUCUAUGAUAUUCCACUGCAGUCUGGUAUAAUAUGAUUAGUACUAAGAAGUGUAAAUAACAUUUAAAAGCAUUUUUGGUGUAUAUUUAUAGAUAGUGUUCGGCCGUCUAAUUUAAUUUUCUUGUCUUUAAUUUGAGUGUGACUCAAAGCAAUGCACAUCAGCAGAGUAAAUAUACUGUGUAAUAUGUUAAUAUAUUCCCUGUAAAUAACUAAAGAUCAUCCUAGGUCUGAUCGCCCUGGGGUUAAUUUAAAAACUCUAUAGCGUGUCUUUCCGAUAUGAUUCGCAAUCUGAAUAUUUGCACAUUUUAAUUAAAGUAUGCUCGCUGACCCUUCUCUUUCACUUACUUCUUAGGAUCAAUUGUGCAGGCAGUCUGUUCUGCUUUAGCAUCACUGGACCGCAAAUAUCAAAAAGCAGCUUAGCCAGGGAUAAGAAAUAUUAUCCAAUUGACACAAUUGGGGUCGCAGUAUUUUGUUGUACUUAAUGUAUAUUCGAAAUGAUCCGUUUUAUUUAUUGAAAUCAUUAUAGUACACGAGACUUGCCACGGUGCUACGUAACAAAGAUGUAAAAGUCCUUGAAAGAGGGUGCUGUAAGCCUUACAAAUGAUUAUUUUCAAAAGAAUAAGCAAAUCGACUGCCUGCAACGUAAAUGCAGGUCAUAAUGUAUAUUGUAGUAUCCAUAUUACUGGAUAAGACCAAGCACUUCUAUGAAACACAAACCACUGGGUUAUAUUUGACACACAUGCAUAAUAAUGAGCGUACAGUAUGCCAUCGCCUCUGUCACACUGUCUCAAAUCUAAAUAAAAUGCCUUAAAAUAAAACCUUAUUGACAUUUUCAUUAUCAUAAAAAAUAUAUUUUCUGUUGCCACUGUAGUGCCAGAAAAUGUUUGAAUGGUUUUAGAAAGUUUUAGACAGUUAGACAGAAAAGCAUCUCGGAAUGGCGGAUGAGCUACAACAUCAGCAGCUCACUUCAGGUUCCACUCCUGUCAGCCAUGAACAGGAAUGUGAGGCACAAACUCCCCCAAACUGGACAGUUAAUAUUUGAAAGAAAAAAAAAAACAUCCGUCUUUUAGACUUCGUGUCCAGUUUGAGUGAAUCGGUGCCUUGGGUUUCUGCUUUUAGAAAACAUGAUGGUGUUUUUGUUUUGUUUUAACUGUCGUAGCUCAACAAUCACAGAAUUGAAUGUGCCGUAGUUGUAAAGAGUAAUUAUUUGAGUUGAGACUUUGUUAGCCAUUCUGUGUAAAUCUCUGGAGAGGAAAAAGCUUCUGGAACCAACAACCACACCACGGUCACAGAGUCCACAGUUUUCCCCUAUUUUGUUCCACAUGAUUGGCCGAUUUAGAUAACUGCAUGUAUUCAGGUACAGGUUUCUCUAAUAAAGUAUGGAACAGGUUUAUGUAUUUACAUAAUUUUUGCGUGGCUUCCAUUUACACCAUAACCUUGCAGGGCAGUUUGUACCUGUGUCUGUGUGCACAUUUGUAUUUUUUUUUAUAGUUGGGAAAGAUCUGACAGUUUUGAUUGGCCAAAUGUCUUCAUUAUUAGUGCAUUGCAUUAAUUAUCUGUGUUGAUAAUUUGACCACUAUAAGGUCCCCACAAGGAUAAUAAGGCAAUGUGUGUGUGUGUGUGCGUG